AAUAUUGUUCGGUUCCCCUCUUCUACUUCUGUUUCUUCUUCCUCCUCCUCCCCUUCUUCUCCUCUCCUCUCCUCUUCUCUUUCUCUCCUCUGAUCGUUCCCCUAAUAUCCAAUUCCCUCUCCUCCUAAGAGGUGUCUCUCCUUUUCUUUUAGGGUCAUUAUCAUUACGGUUCUCUUUCCCUUUUCUUCCUCUCCACUCCACUCAUCUAGGCGCUUGUCCCUUGCAGCCCCCCCGAAUUUCUCUAGUUUGUCCAACUUGCAGCUGAUAUGCGAUUCGAUCUUCUCAACUAGCUACGGGUUCAAUUGACGGUCGAAACGGUAUACGGAACACCAUGGCCUGCUCUGCGCAAUCGAUGACCAUCGAGUCGUAUCCCGAGGCAAACACAUCCGCCUACACAACAACCCCCUCUGAGGAGACCAGUUUACUGCGCGACCGUCGGCGGCGCCACUCGUUCCACACGGCUCGAAAGCUGUCCUUAGAUUACGACGCAGAUGCGGUGUUUCUGAGAGUCGAACUUUUUCUGACGGAGCUGGAGCGACGAAUGCUGUGGAUCGAGCAGUAUGGCAAGUCUCACAUGGACCAGAUCGAUGCCAGCCUUCGUCGCGGCUACGCCACCCUGGAGGCCGUGCGGGACUCGUGCUCUCACGCUUCCGGAGAGCUCAUGGGCAGCGGCAAGAAGCGCGCCAAGAUUCUGGUGGACACCUUGGAGGACCGCUACAAGGAUGCUCUCGCCACGAAGGAAACAUUAGAACAGAAGGCUCAAGCCGGUGUCCGCCUCAUGGAAUCUUUUCUCGUCGAGCUGGAGUCUCGUGCUCACGCCGGAUGGGACCGUGGGUUGGACGGCGCGUUGGAUGGGGCGUGGAAGGCGAUGGACUCGAGCUUGGUGCAUGCCCGGGAGGUGGUCGACGAGGGCAUGGAGCGCGCGCGUCGGGCCAAGGAGGCAAUGAAGGAGAACAUCGACCGGGCGAUCCUGCUGGCCCAGGAGAAGCGGUUGAUCGGCUAUGCAGACCUCCCGCAGCCGUGGCGGGUGAACCCCCACAUUCUCGAGGGAUACCGGUUCACGCACUCGAAGGUGGAGUGCUUGGCCUCCAUGUUCACCUUCUCCAACGAGCUGGUCAACAUCUGGUCGCAUCUGAUCGGGUUGUUCAUCGUGCUCUCUGUGGCUUUCUACUUCUACCCGCUGAACCCCAACUUCCACCUGAGCACCAAGACGGAUGUGUUGGUGGCCGCCGUCUUCUUCUUCGCGGCGUGCAAGUGUCUGGUCUGCAGUACCUUGUGGCACACGAUGAACAGCAUUGCCAGCCAGACACUGAUGGAGCGGUUCGCGUGCGUGGACUACACGGGGAUCUCGAUGCUGGUCGCUGCCUCGAUUGUGACGACCGAGUACACCGCCUUCUACUGCGAGCCCGUGUCGCGGUGGGUCUACAUCCUGCUGACGAUGUCCCUGGGUAUCGGCGGAGUGAUCCUGCCGUGGCACCCGACCUUCAACCGGGCGGACAUGGCGUGGGCACGGGUGGCGUUCUAUGUGUCGCUGGCUCUGACCGGGUUCGCCCCGCUGGCGCAGCUGACCUACACGCGGGGCUUCUUCUGGUGCCUGUACUUCUAUGCGCCGGUGGUGAAGAGUGUCCUGGUGUAUUUCGUGGGCGCGUGUGUGUAUGCGUCGCAGGUGCCGGAGCGGUGGCGGCCCGGACUGUUCGACUAUGUGGGCGGCAGCCACAACAUCUGGCACCUUGCGGUGCUGGGCGGGAUUCUGUUCCAUUACCUCGCGAUGCAGGAUCUGUUCGCGGGAGCGUUCAAGCGGGCUCAGGGGGAGUGCCCGAACAUGGUGAACUAGAGGACGAUAGAGGAGUAUAGACUUGCAGGUUAGUUUCUUGACUUCUUGUACAUAUUGGAGUUGGUUG